CGAUGCAGUAAAAAUGUUUAAGAACUAAAGAAUAUUUAAGCGAGCAAUGCAGCAAACGAACGGCAUAAAGCUUUCAUCCACAGCACACAAUAAAUGGAGUGCACACAAACAGAAGCAGCAGCAGAAACGACAGCAACAACAACGGGAGAUAGUGGCCAGUAGCUUGGAGUGGUGCUAGUAUUGCUAGAGUGUAGUGAGGUGGUUGGCAGAGAGGUAGCAGCAAGUGGUUUGUAGUUUAUUUAUGUGUGCGGAUGUGAAUUUCAAUUGAAGCCAAUUAAACGCGCACACACACACUACCAAAUACCAGCACCAGCAGGCAACACAUUACAAAUAUUCGUAUUGAUAUCGUUCACGCAAAUCUACAAAAUUCGGCGUUUAAACUGCUCAAGGGGUUCAACUGCCCAUGACUUUGAUUCUGAUUGGAAGCCGAAGCAGCAGCGGAGCACCAACAGUGACAGUAACAGAAUGGCACAAUUUACGCUCUACAAUAAACACUACAAUGCAUCGGCCAGCAACGAUAUUAGUCGCGUCGACUGCGAUCAUGUGCCUUUGUGUUCCAUUAAUGAUGUGCAGCUAAGGUUUUUGGUGCCCGACGACUUAACAGAGGUGCGCACUCUCUGCCAAGAAUGGUUUCCCAUCGAUUAUCCGCUGUCCUGGUACGAGGACAUUACCUCCAGCACGCGUUUCUUUGCAUUAGCCGCUGUAUAUAAUCUGGCCAUAAUUGGUUUAAUUGUUGCCGAAAUCAAACCGUAUCGUAAUGUCAAUAAGGAGGUAAUAGCCAACAUAUUAGGUGAUGAAUUGUACACGAGGCUGAGCGGUUUUCAAAUGCAGGACAAAGGUAUACUAUCAGACUCGAUGGGACGCACUGCUGAUGUGGGUUACAUUCUAUCGCUGGGCGUACACCGGACGCAUCGACGGAAUGGUAUCGGAUCGCUGCUGUUGGAUGCUCUUAUGAACCAUUUGACGACUGCCGAACGCCAUUCGGUCAAGGCUAUUUUUCUACACACGCUAACCACGAAUCAACCUGCCAUAUUUUUCUAUGAGAAACGAAGAUUUACGCUACAUUCGUUUCUGCCCUAUUACUACAAUAUUCGUGGGAAUGGGAAGGAUGGCUUCACCUAUGUCACAUAUAUAAAUGGCGGCCAUCCGCCUUGGACAUUAUUAGAUCAUAUCAAGCAUUAUGCGUCUAAGGUGCGUCUGACUGGCGGUGUCUGCGUUUGGGUGGCCGCGAGAGUACAGCAGGUGGUGCGUUGGUUCUAUCACAAGCUGCUGACACGCUUUAAUUUUAUUGAAUGAUUCAAUUACAAUGAAUGGCUGGCGCUGCAGCACGACUGGACUACAUAUAUAUUUAUAUUUAGAAAGAACAUCCUUCCGAGUCAACAAAACUCUCACUCUCUUAUAAGUGUGUUAAUAUUAGCAUUAUAUAUCGACUUGUUGAAUGUGUAUAUUUAUACAUAUAUGUAUGUGCACGUCUAACGCUUCACACACACAAACACACAUAAGUACAUGCUGCACAAACAGACACUCAUACAUAAGCACCUCCCAUUGUAAAUGUUCGGCGCCUCCAAAAUCAUUUCGUGUUGUAUACAAAAGAAACAGAAAAAGAACAAAACAUAAGUUAAAAGUUGUAAAAUAAUAAUUUUUUAUAUGUAUUCCUUACGUUUUCAAUUAUGUUCAUCGAUUGUAAAUAGUUGUAUGGAUUUUUGUUUUAAUUUCUGUAACCCUAGCGCAAGUGAUUUCGAUAGAUACGCUUUAUUUAAUGUGUUUUUGUUUUUUAUAAGUAUUUUUUACGCACAAUAAGACAGUCAUUUAGUUUAGCCAAUACAAAAACAACAAUAACAGCAACAACAACAAACAAAGAUGAUCAUGCUUUAACUUAAACGCUUAAUAUACAAUAACGGCUUUGAAAAAGAAACAGAAAAAAAAUAGACAUGCAUAUAUCUUCAGAGCUACAAAAAUUUAAAAUCUGUUCGCGUUUGCUGUUUAUAUAGUAUUUCGUAAAAGUAUUUUAAUGACAAAUGUUAGCAGCUGAUUUUAAUUUUUUUUAGGCGCAAUUUAUUUAGUGAAUUGAAAUAAUUUGUAAAAUAAAGACUUGAAAAGUUAGAGAUGACUUUCAUGAA